CCUUUUCCGUCGGAGGGCGAGGAAAUUACGCACUAGUCUUGCCUUUAACACACUGCCGAAUCAGAAAAAGACCGACCGAAGAAGGUGCCGGGGAGCAGGUUAUUCGUGGUUAUUCGUCGCUGCAGCGCCCAGGUGAAGAAAGCAGAAGUGUGAAGAAGGCAAGAUGGAUGUCGAUGUGUUAAACAUGUUUGUAAUAGCGGGAGGCACUUUGGCCAUUCCUAUUUUGGCAUUUGUGGUCUCCUUCUUCCUGUGGCCUUCAGUACUGAUCAGAAUAUAUUACUGGUAUUGGCGUCGAACCCUGGGCAUGCAGGUGAAAUAUGCAAAUUGUGGUGAUUACCAGUUUUGCUAUUCUUACCGAGGAAGAUCCAGCCAUAGACCAUCUAUCCUCAUGCUGCAUGGAUUCUCGUCUCACAAAGAUAUGUGGCUUUUUAUAAUCAAGUUUCUUCCAAAAAAUCUUCACUUGAUUUGUGUUGAUAUGCCAGGUCAUGAGGGUACCACUCGGUCAUCUCUCGAUGACUAUUCCAUAUAUGGACAAAUGAAAAGAAUACACCAGUUUGUUGAAUGUAUCAAUCUGAACCGAAAGCCAUUUCAUCUAAUUGGAAUUUCUAUGGGUGGAAAUGUGGCUGGUGUUUAUGCUGCUCAAUAUCCAGCAGAAGUCUGCUGCUUAACUCUUAUGUGCCCUGGAGGUCUGCCCAAUGCCAAAGAAAGCAUUUUUGUACAACAAAUGAAAGAGCUGAUGAAGAAGGAGUGCUAUGAUGAGCUUCCUAUGAUUCCAUACACUCCAGAAGGAAUGGCAGACAUGUUGAAACUGUGCUCUUAUGUUCGUUUCAAGGUGCCUCAUCAAAUCCUGCAGGGCCUUGUUGACGUUCGGAUUCCACAUAAUGACUUUUACCGAAAAUUGUUGCUAGAGUUGAUGCAGGACAAGAAAAGGACUGACCUUCAAGACAACAUGAGCAAGAUCAAAGCUCCAACACAGAUUAUCUGGGGGAAACAAGACCAGGUGCUGGAUGUUUCAGGAGCAGACAUUUUAGCAAAAGCAAUCCCUAGUGCGCAAGUACAUAUUCUGGAAAAUUGCGGGCACAGUAUAGUCUUGGAAAGGCCCAGAAAAACAGCAAAACUUAUUCUGGAUUUUGGCACCACUGUACAGAAUGCUGAAAAUAAUAAGAAACUGGCUUGAACUUUUCCUGUGAGUUUGAACCCUUACGCCUAGAUGUUUCAGUUGAGAGGAAAUACUGCUUAUUUAAUCAGUUCUCAGGGAUCCUAUUAUACAGAAUUUGGUGAUCGUGCCAAAAUCCCUGAAGAAAUAAUUCAUGUAUUAUUUUAGAAAUCUUAUCAGCGCAAUGUUCUGGGAUACUGAACAGCCUUCACAUACAUAUGCUAAUGAUAAUAAAGUCUAAUAAAAAUCUGCAUUUCUAGAUACUUUGCAGAAUAAUGAAAGACUUACAAGGUAGAUGUGUGACACAUUUUUCCCUCAAAAACAAUCCUCUGUUUUUGAUACUGAUUACACGUUUUAAAAUGUCCAAUUUGAAUUAGAUAACAUGAUUAUUGCUAAGUAAAGUAGAAAAAAACCCACUGUCUUCUGUUAUUUUGCUCCUUUCUUGGUCUUGUAAUAAUUCACUGAAUUAAACAUCAGAGAAAAAAAAAUGCCAAAGGGGAAAUCCUUUUAGGACAGAUUCUUAUAUGGGUUCUAUGUCAGGAGUGUCAAACUUGAUUUCAUCGAAGGAUGCGUCAGGAUUGUGUUUGACCUCAGGGGCAUGGCUGGGAUGGGCAUAGCCAGGGUGGGCGUG